UAUGAACAGUAUCUCUCCUUUAGUAUAUAGUAAAUUUGGUCGGUUCGGUGCAAAAGUGGUCGGUAAACAUCCAACAACCGUUUCCGAACCGUAUUCAUUCGGUUUCGGCUCUGCUCCAACACUUUCUUUCCUUCUUCUUUUCGGUUCGGUAACCGAACUGAUAUUUUCGGGCCGGUUCGGUCAGAAAACCGUUUCCAAAUCGGUUGUGCCCACCCCUAAUUGUAGUUGUGUAAAUGUGUCUUUGUGACAUUAGAACUAGCUUACCAAACAAAAACUAUGGAUCUUUGUUUGGGUUUGGGAACAAAACACUAAAGGACAGCAUAAGCACCACCAAUAUGAUACGAAUUUUCGAACACUCUUCAACUUCUAAAAAUACUAAACCGAUAAACUAAGAAACAUAUUGGCUUCUCAUGACAAUAAGAUUUAUGAACUUAAAAGUCUUCAAGUUUCGAAAAAAAAUGGAAGCUGUAAAGCUAAUGACUAUAAUAAGAUUUAUGAACUGAAAAAUACAAACAAUAAGCUCAAAAUUGCUAAGUUUUCUUAAAUAAUAUCAUUCAAAAGACUUUAAAAACAAGUAAAAAUAAGAACGAUUAGGGUAUAAACUCAGACAUUAUUCGUAGUAGUAACUCAUUCGAACUACACAAAAAUUAGAUAAUUCCAUACACCAUUUCUAAGAGAUGUUUGGGAUAGCAUUUGGGUUAAACACAUAUAAUUAUGCCAGAGGAAUGAUUAGGGCAUAAACUCCACCCCGUUUUCUAUUAUUAGAUUCUGUAUACAGUGUUUUUCGAGAACAGUUACAAACGAAAACAUAGCAAUUCGCUUUUAGUUGGGGAAAGGUAACAUGUUGUUCACAAUGUAUUCCAUUUGCGUAUAUGAUCCAACAGUGAUGACGUCUACAUCCAUCAACUGUUGUUGAAGUUGAUUUGCAAGAUUAGUAUCUUGUUCAAGUAGCUCGUUCCUGUUAUCUUUGGCAUCAAUAGACUCUUGUAUACUUAGGUUCAAUGCAUUCACCUAUCCAUUAAUUUGGUCGAUUUCAUUUUGCAGACCUGUUAUUUAUCCUUUCAACAAGUGUAAUUGUUGAUGAUGAUAUUGAUUUAAUUCUUGAUAAUUAAUAAUUUCUUUGGUUUUACCUGGGGCCACAUAGGGUCUGUGCUCGAGUGUGCGCCACACAAUGCAGAUUUAGAUCGUGCUGAGCAUCCAUAUAAUUCACUAGAGAUAUCAGUGUAUCUGGGACGAAUACAUGUUUGUCCUGGCCUAGUUAUUGGACAUUUGGAUUUUCAGGAGCCGGAAGAUCCAUAUCCUUUAAAACAAUAUAAAACAAUAAUAAAAAAGUAUUUAAAGGAAAAAAGAAGCUUUAAUGUUUAUAAGAGUCAAUUUUUUAUCACUAUGAAGCGGUACAAUAUGCAGUAUGUACAACAUGACACCUUCCUUAUUCAAUAGGCAAGAAACGCUCUGUAUAGUUCCUCAAAUAUUAUUUUGGCCAAAAAGCUAUGGUACCUCAAAGUGAGUGCAUAUAGAUACAUUCAAAUUGCAAAUCAAGAUAGAGAUUUCAUAGUUUGUGACUUUGUGUGAUUAAAAAUUGUGAAUCAAUACGUUAAACCUUGCUAGCUUCGUUCUAUUAAAAAAAAAAAAUUCAAUAGUUCAUUCAAUAAAUAUGGUGUAACAAACACUAAAGCCUUGUUUGGUUCAAAAAUGAAAUCAAUUCCUUUGUGUUCAUAUGAAGGGAAAAUAAACGUCUCGCUAGUUUUUCUUUCCGGUGUUUUGGAACGUUUUCCCAAUAACAAGGAAAAAAACUCACUAUAGUGUUUGAUUUAUGUAAGGAAAUGAAGCUAAACAAUAUUAAUAUUUUAUUGAUGUUCUUAUUUAUUAAAAUAUAAAAUUAUGCAAAUCUCUUGUCGCAGUGGCGGCAGCUUCCAACUCCUUAUGUAAUCUUUCAAAUGAAUAGUAGCACCAGCUAAAUAUUAAAAUUCCCUGAUCUAGAAAGGCUACUAUUGUCUGCUCUUUCUUCCCUUAAUUUUGGGGCUAACUGCCCAACCAUUGGUGGGCAAAAGCCAAUAAGAAAAGGUCUCACAAGCUAUGUAUGAUGCAUCCCAUUCUUAUGUUAACAUUUGUUUUGAUUUACUUUAUGUGUUGGUUUAAUUGUGUGAGUUACUUUAUUCAAUGGAAAUUUCAUUUUGAUUAAAAAAAUUCAUUAAUUACUAUCAUCAUAUGAGAAAGUUUGCAACUUUAUUUCUUUUUUCAUCAUUUUGAACAUCGUUUUUUUCAUUUAUUUUUCUUAUGAGAGACAUGAUUGAAGAGAUGUUCCAAGAGAUCGUAAUAGGAAACAAAGAAUUAUAUUUUUCUUCCAAAAGGUCGACCAAUUUGUUUGCCUUUUCAGAUGUUAUAAACAUGUAGGGAGAGGCUCUAAUGAGACCAUAAAAAUGAGAACAUCAUGAGAGCUUUCAAAUCAAUGAUUUUGAGACCUACGUUUCUAUCACAUCUCAACAAAUCCUCUAUUAAAUAUUUUAGGUCUCCAUGAGUAUAUCAUUGCUGCAAGUUUUCUUCCAUAUUGCUAAUCGUAAAGGUGACGAACUAUAUCAAAUCAAUAGACAAACCAAAUAUGUCCACUUUGAACCUUCCGUAUUCAUAAAUGAUAAAUCACGAUUAUGAACGUUUUUACGAUUUUUUAUUUGGCUAAAAAUUUACAAAAAUUAUAUACUCAUGAAGUUCUAAACAUCUAAAGGUCGAUUUGCUAAAAAAGAUUGAGAUUUAAAGAUAAGAACUUAUGAGAACUCCUAAAGUGCAUAGACGACGGGGUAAAUUUUGGGAAUAACAACUGGGAGCCUCUCGAACAACAUGAACGUGACGAUUUUCUUUGGUGACAAGUUUGUGCUAAGCCUUCAUCUUUUCAUGACAGACCCACCUAGAUUCAGUGUUUUGAAUCUACUCAUGUGAGAAUCGACUGAAAUUUGUUUUGGCAAAAAAGCCCUCGUUAAACCCUAAAUCACUCAUAGUCUACUCUUGGUGUCGUGAGAAGUAAAUGCGUUUUUGAAAAUGUAAAAUUGUUUCAAGGCCCUUGUUUAUUAUUAUUAUUUUUUUGUAAAUUUAUUUAAGCUCUUGGUUUCUUCUUUUGGUAUUUUAAAGUCCCUAAUUUAUUUUACUAUUUCAUUUCUUGAUCAUCUGGCCUCUAUUCGAUAUGUCACAUGUCUUUAGGUCAAUCGGGUUUUGUAUAAAUAUAAUUUACUCUAAGCGGUUUAGCUCUUGAGCUGUUUCAAACAUUUCACUAGUCAUGUCUGGUUAUUGGUUAUUUCUGGACUUAUUUCCAAGGUGAUGUUGCAUUUUAGGUUGCUUUAGAAUGACUCAAUCUUGUCGUAGCCUGAGGAUUGGGUGAACUGUUUUUCUGUAAUGUUACCUACAUAUUCAUUAUUAAUGGAUUGACAGCCCAUUCUCUCUAAAAAAAAAAACUUAUUUUAAGUGAUGAUCAUAAUAUACAUAGAUUUAAUAAGUAUAUAACGCGACUAUCAGAUUAUAACAAAAUAAUUGUAAAUUUAUAGGUGUGUAUAUGUGUGUGACAUUAUGAUAACCUAGUCAAACAAACUCAAGGGACCUUUGUUUGGGUUUGGGGUUUGAAAACAAGCACCAAGCGGCAACAUCACCAUUGCCGUAAAAAAAAAAAGAUCAAGGCUAAACUAAUAAACAUAUCAACUUCUAAUGAUAAUAAAAUCUAUGAACUAAAAGAGCUUGAGUUUCGAAAAUGAAAACCUCAUAAAACUGGUGACUCCAGUAAGAUUAAUGAACUGAAACUGAAAAAUAGAAACUAUAUAAUUAUAAGCUCGAAAUUACUAAUUUUUCUUAAAUAAUAUCAUCCAAAAAUGACUUUUAAAACAGGCAAAAUAAGAACACAUAUUUUUCAACGUUCGACACGUGUCCCUAAUGAGACAAAUCUUUCCCCCGCCUUUAAACCACGCCAGUAUUCUCCUUCACCACCAGAACGUACUGUAGAGAUUCUGCAAAACCAAAAACCCUGCUUCACUGUCCUCCAAAACCCCUCACCUCUCUCUCUGCUUUUUACCCAAAAUGCCCUUCCCUCAGGACCGCCUGGACCUCCCUCUCGACGCCCUCAUCGCCGAAUCCAAGCAACAACGCCGUCAUAACAGCCACGCUCACCAGCCACGAGGGCAUAACGGUCAUUUCGGCGGCGGAGGCUCCACCUCAGGCCCCUCUCGUCGGCCGAUGAACCGCAACGCCUACAGAACGGCGCCGUAUCCCACUCUGCCAGAAAUGCAAGGACAGCCUGGACCCAGAAGGAUUGAGCUGCCAUUGGCUUUGAGCCAAGCGAUGAACAGUGAGGGAAGCACCAAGCUUUAUAUAUCUAACUUGGACUAUGAUGUUACCAAUCGAGAUAUAGAGUUGCUCUUCUCUGAGGUUGGUGAAUUGGAAAGGCACUCAAUCUAUUAUGAUAAAAGUGGAAGAUCUAAGGGAACAGCUGAAGUUGUCUAUAAGCACUAUUCAGAUGCUCUAGCAGCAAUCGAGAGAUACAACAAUCAGCAUCUUGAUGGAAAGAAAGUGGAAAUUAAGCUUGUGGGACUCAAUGUUGUUUCUCCUGUUCCUCUGCUUCUGCCUCCAAAUACAAAUUUCAUGCAAGAACAUCCAACUCCCGUCUUCCAGAGGCUAGGAAGAGCUGGUUCAAGGGGAUCGUUUCAUGGUCAUGGUGGUGUUGGACUUGAAAGAGGCUGUGGACAGGUGAGAAAUGGUGGUCCGAAGGUUACUACAGAAUCUCAGCAAUGGAAGAAUGUGACUGCAGAAAAUCAGCAAAGGAAGAAUGUGAUUACAGAAUCUGUUAAAAGGAAGAAAACAUUUUAUGGAGAUACAACUGUGACUUUUGAUGAUCUGGAUGCUGAUUUGGAAAAAUACCGCCUAAAAUGUAGGCCGGUAAACUGAAAUCACAGUUAGAUGACAGACAUGGUAGUUUAGGGGAAGGCAAACUGGUAAUAUAUAACAUAUAGAUGGAUAUGGAGCACUACCUAUUAGCAUUUCUUGCUCCCUUGAAUUAUAUCUUACAGUUUGUCUGGUAUUUAGUACCACUUUUGUGCUGGGAUGCAAAAGAAGUUUGUUACAAAGUCACCCCUUCAAUUAGUAACAAGGACACCGCAGAUACCUCAGUGCCAUCUGCUAUCAAACAUAUAUAUCCAAGGGGAUUUUCUACCUCUGCUAUUAUUUUUGGCUGGUCACUUCUGUUAUGAUUGAUCAUUUUUAUUAGUUUAAGCAUACA